AUGGGUGGUAGAAUCGUACAGAAUUCUACCCAAAUUUGCCCAAUAACCCUAUGCACAACGGACACAAAUAUUAAAGUAGAAACAAAUGCUAUUGUUCUACCCCAACUCACCCAAUUUCUACCAGCAUUCACAGUAAAGGAUGUUGACUGGACACAAUUCGCCUCGCUAGAUCUUGCCGAUCCCUUAUGUUUUACUCCAGGUAAAAUAGACUUGGUGAUAGGCAGUGAUUUAACCCCGAAAAUAUUUCUGUCAGGCGUUAAAAAUGUUUCCGAUAGCUUGUUGGCACAAAAUACCAUCUUCGGAUGGAUUUUAAGUGGCCCAGUUCAAGCGCAAGUCUCAGCAUUCUCCACCCGAGUCGAACCAACACCCGACGACUCAUUAUGCGACCUGCUCAAAAGAUUUUGGGAGCAAGAAGACUUUGUGGACCCUGCUCAACCCUCGGAAGAAGACCAAAUAUGCGAAACUCUAUACCAGAACACCACAAUUAGAAGAGCAGAUGGUCGAUACGAAGUGCGACUACCUUUUAAAAAAGACUUUCCGGAAUCUCUCGCCCUUGGACAUUCCCGAUUCUCAACCAUAAGCCAAUUUUUAAGUAUUGAACGGAGUCUCGCCAAAAAACCUGAUAUUAGAGAAACGUACUCAGAUGUUUUAGAAGAAUACCUUACUCUAAAUCAUAUGGAACCCACCACACCUCAUGAAGUUAUAAGAAGCGGAAAAUAUUUUUCAUUUUACCUGCCCCAUCACGCGGUUCUUCGCCCUGAGAGUAGAACAACAAAAGUAAGAGUAGUUUUUAACGCUUCUAAAUCUUCAAACUCUGGUAAUUCCUUAAAUGAUGUUCUCUAUACAGGACCCACUCUCCAAACUGAUUUAACAUUUCUAAUCCUCAAUUGGAGACUCUACCAGUUCGUAUUCAACGGCGACAUUGAAAAAAUGUACCGCCAAAUACUGGUCCACGAAAACCAUCAAGAUUUUCAGAGAGAUUCAAUAAGAGAUUACAAGCUGAAAACAGUGACAUUCGGUGUAAAUUGUGCCCCCUACUUGGCCAUCAGGACUCUUCACCAAUUGGCCGAAGAUUCUGAACACAAGUUCCCAAUGUGUGGAAAAGUGCUUAAACAGGAAACAUACGUAGACGAUGUGUUUUCCGGCGGGCAUAAUUUAGAAACUGCAAAAAAUUCAUUGUCUCAACUAACCCAAGCCCUAAACUCGGCUGGCUUUCCACUCAAGAAGAUAACAGCCAAUAAUUCCAAAAUACUCGAUGAAAUACCCAGCACCAAUCUCUUAGACUCAAACUUCUUAAAACUGGAAGACCGGAGUACAACAAAAACUCUAGGUAUUCAGUGGAACGCAGUAUCUGAUUCUUUUUCAUAUACAUUUAUUCCACCCCAAACUCCACACUCGGCAACCAAACGCCAAAUACUCUCUUCAGUUGCUAAACUGUUUGACCCGGCAGGAUGGCUUUCGCCUAUAAUGAUAAGAGCGAAAAUCCUCCUGCAAACUCUUUGGAAAGAGGGAACAGAUUGGGACGAAUGCGCUAAGCCCAACUCGCUACACACGUGGAACACAAUCAUAGAAAAUCUUCGCUCAGUAGAAUCCAUCAAAAUACCCCGAUGGAUUGGGUUUUCUCCUACGUACUCUGUCCAAAUUCAUGGAUUUUGCGAUGCGUCCCAGGAAGCUUAUUGCGCAUGUCUUUACAUUCGUUGUCAAGAUGGAGAAAACCCACCAACUUGCCGACUUUUUGUUGCAAAAAGUAAGGUCGCCCCGCUUCACACAGUCAGCCUUCCACGCUUAGAACUUUGCGGAGCUGUCCUCCUAUCGAAACUCUUAGCACGAACCCGUUCGCAACUCUCGUUACAAAAGGCAAGAGUAUAUUUGUGGUGCGACUCUUCAAUUGUACUCGCUUGGUUGGAGAAACCACCUUACGUUUGGAAGACUUACGUCGCGAAUCGUACAUCCCAAAUUUUAAAAAAUGUAGGAAACUCUGUAUGGCGACAUGUAAUUAGUAACCACAACCCCGCUGACCUAGGUACUCGUGGAUGCAGGCCUCAAGAUAUAACCACUCAAUCCCUAUGGUGGCACGGUCCCGAAUGGAUUUGCGAAUCGCCUAGUCGUUGGCCGCGAUCCGAACCUACGAAAACUCCAGCCCCUGAACAGAGAAUAAUCAAGGCUUUUCAUAUGUCUGAAAAGGAAGAUAUUCUGGACACAUUUUCUUCAUUUUCAAAGGCUUUACGGGUCCUUACGUAUGCAUUGCGCUUCGUCGAAAGAUGCAGAAAGACGUCUUAUAAGACCGGCUCCUUGACGCAAGAUGAAGUAAAUUCUACAAAAACGCGAUUAAUAAUCCUAGCCCAGCGUCGUUACUUUAAAGAUGAAUAUUCCCAAUUAACGACCUCUCAACCCAUUAGCAAGAAAAGUAGUUUGCUCUCCUUAAACCCAUUUAUUGAUAAAAAAGGCCUUAUGAGAGUAAAUGGAAGAUUAGCGCACGCUACUCUAAGCUAUAAUGAAAGACACCCCAUUAUACUUCCCGGAGAAUCACGAUGUUGUGAACUAUACUUGCAAUUUCUCCACUCAGCUUUGCUACAUGCUGAAAAAUCACUUAUGAUACGCAUGGUACAGGAAGAAUUCUUUAUCCCACGGUUGAAACCUCGUAUAAAAAAAUGUAUAUUUCAUUGCAAAACGUGCACAAUCUACAAACAAAAGACCCGCUCUCAAAUCAUGGCCGCACUUCCUCCAGAAAGGGUAAAAUUCUCCCUUCCCUUUAAUACAACUGGAGUAGACUUUGCGGGACCUCUUCUCGUAAAAAGCGGAUUAACUCGAAAUGCCGCUUAUCACAAGGCUUACAUAUGUGUCUUUGUUUGUUUCUCCACAAAGGCAAUACACUUAGAAGUCUGCUCUGACUUGACCACCCAAUCAUUUCUCGCUGCUUUCGCAAGGUUCGUGGGUCGUCGAGGAUUGCCCUCAAAAAUCAUGUCCGAUAAUGGCAAAACCUUCGUCGGAGCACAACGUGCCUUAAACAAGCACCUCGAUGCCUUCAUGGAACAAGUGGCCGCAACAGUCGUAGCAAAAUUUAAUACCCAAGGUGUAGAAUGGCAAUUCAUACCACCCCAGGCUCCUCACAUGGGUGGCUUGUGGGAGUCCGCGGUAAAAAGCUUUAAAACUCAUCUCACCAAAGUUGCCGGAACCCACAAGUUUACCUUUGAAGAGCUUACGACAUUAUUGGUCCGCAUUGAGGCUGUAUUAAACUCCAGGCCCCUAACUCCGAUGUCUGAAGAUCCGAGUGAUCUUCUGGUUCUCACCCCAGGGCAUUUCCUUCGAGGAGCCCCUCUGAUGGCAAUACCCGAGCCACCCGCGGAACAAAUGACACUUAGUAACCGCUGGCAAAAACUAAAGGUGCUCCAUCAAGAGUUUAGCCGACGAUGGAAGAGUGAAUAUUUGCAAGAUUUGCAUAAGCGCCACAAGUGGAAAU